ACUCUCCAGUGGCAGUGCAUUGAGGACAUACCAUAUGGGAGACUCGCAGGUAGACUGGGACACAUCACAGGAAUACUGCAGUCAAAACCACACUGGGAUGGCCACAGCUUGCACUGCAAAGGAUGCAGCUGAGAUUGUCAAGAUUGCAAAGAGCACAACCAGUUCUGUUUGGCUAGGGAUGAAGACGGACGCUGAUGGACAUGUAUUUUGUUUAAAUGGGGAUGGUCUGAUCCCCUGGACGAUGCCUCGUGGAACCCCAAACAAUACUCAGUGUGUCUUUGUCAAGCUGGAGCAUGCAACUUUGGAGCUGGGAGGCUGCACAGACGCUCGAAACCCUCUCUGCUACACUGAAGACCAAUCUGAUUCAGCGGCACCAACUACAGCCCAGAUCAAUACUUCUCCAGGCGGUGAUGAUCUGAGGCUGGUGAAUGGAGGCAGCCCCUGUGCUGGCAGAGUGGAGCUCCUUCAUGAUGGACAGUGGGGGACAGUUUGCGAUGAUAUGUGGGGUCUGGAUGAUGCUGGAGUUGUGUGUAAGCAGCUGGGCUGUGGAACUGCUCUGUCAGCGCAUCCUAAUGCUCACUUUGGAGAAGGUUCUGGACCCAUCUGGUUGUCCUGGGUUAACUGCAGUGGCUCUUUGUCUGUUCUGUGGGAGUGUGAGUUGGGAGGAUGGGGUGUGCAUGGCUGCACACACAAUGAAGACGCUGGAGUGAUCUGCUCAGGAAGCAUAUUGAGGCUGGCGAAUGGAGGGAACCCUUGUGCUGGGAGAGUGGAGGUUUAUUAUUAUGGAGAGUGGAAGACAGUUACUGAUUACAACUGGCAUAUAAAUAAUGCAGCAGUUGUGUGUAAUCAGCUGGGCUGUGGCUCUGCUCUAGCGGCCCUACGUGGAAGUCACUUCGGACACAGUAAUACAUAUGCCUGGCAGAAUCUGUUUUAUUGCAAUGGUUCCGAGUCUUCUCUGUUGGACUGUCGUCAAUAUUACAACAAGGACAACUGGUAUAGCUACUGGGAAGCUGGAGUGAUGUGCGCAGGCAGUGAAGAUGUGAGGCUGGUGAACGGAGGGAAUUGCUCCGGGAGAGUGGAGGUGCUUCAUGAAGGACAGUGGGGGACAGUUUGCAAUGACGGAUGGAAUAUGGUCGAUGCUGGAGUCGUGUGCCAGCAGCUGGGCUGUGGAUCGGCUCUAGCAGCACCAGGUAGUAAUUACUUUGGUGCCGGUUCCGGACCCGUCUGGCUGACAGGGGGCUCCUGCAGCGGAGAGGAGUCUGCCCUGCGGGAUUGUGGGUCAGGCAAGUGGGGCGAGCACAACUGCGCGAGCAGAGAGGAUGCUGGAGUGCAAUGCACAGGCAGUGAAGAUGUGAGGCUGGUGAACGGAGGGAACUGCUCUGGGAGAGUGGAGGUGUUUCAUGAAGGACAGUGGGGGACAGUUUGUAGCAGUAACUUGAAUAUAAGAGAUUUAUCAGUAGUGUGUAAACAGCUGGGCUGUGGCUUUGCUCAAUCAAUUACAUAUGCAUUUGAAGCUGGCACUGGACCCAUCUGGCUCUCUUACAUUUCCUGCACUGGCUCUGAGACUGCGCUUCGGGACUGUACCAUAUACAAAUGGGGGGAGCGCUACUGCUCUCAUGAAAGUGAUGUGGGGGUGAUCUGCACAGGGCCCCCAACAACCACUCCAUUGACCACUCCAUUGACCACUCCAUCAACCACUCCAUUGACCACUCCAUUGACCACAUCAGAACAUCCAGCCAGCUCCAAAGUGAUGUCUACUGCAGAUCUGCAGUCGACGUCUCCAAGCACCUCAGCAAUGAACACAACUCUCCUUCCUGCCUCCACCACAGAAGAGCCAGGUGCAGAUGAUCUGAGGCUGGUGAAUGGAGACAGUCCCUGUUCUGGGACAGUGGAGGUUCGUCACGAGGGACAGUGGGGGACGGUUUGCAGUGAUUACUGGAGUAUACAGGACGCUGCGGUGGUGUGUAAACAGCUGGGCUGCGAGACCGCUCUAUCAGCACCGCACUGGGCUCACUUUGGGGCUGGUUCCGGGCCCGUUUGGCUGUCCUGGCUUAACUGCAGUGGCUCUGAACCAACCCUGUGGGAUUGUGAAUCAGAUGGGUGGGGCGUGGUGCACGGCUGCGAUCACAGUGCUGAUGCGGGAGUGAUCUGUUCAGGAAACAUCACUGUCAGCAAACAGUUUGUGUUCCUCAAUCAGGAGAAGAGUUGGAGAGAGGCACUGAAGCACUGCCGCACUCACUACACUGAACUGGCCAGCAUGUCAGACGAGACUGACCACAGCAAGCUGACUGAGCUCCUGCAGAAACAAGAGAAUGACACCGAAGGGGAGAGGGGUGUGUGGCUGGGUUUGAAGAAUCACAUGAUCUGGCAAUACUGGUACUGGGCAGACGAUCGGGGGAUGGGUAACAGCCACUGGGCUGAGGGGCAGCCCAGCAACCCGGGCGAUGAGCUUUGCGGGGCAGUUUACCUGGGAAAGGGGGGGAAUUACAGCUGGCAUGACGAGUGCUGUGAUUUUGAAAUGCGCUUCGUCUGUUACGAGUUCAUUGAAGUUCUGUAAUUAAUGGCAACAUGCUUAGCCAGUAAGGGUUAUUCCAAUCGUUCACAUUAUGAAAACCUUUUCCCAAAUGCCAUUCCUUCAGUUCAGUUCAAAGUUCAAUUUAAUAAAAAAAAAAAAGAAAGAAAAAUAAAUGAAGCAAUUUUACAGUAAUAGAACAUUACAAGAUUACAAACUCUUCUCUUAGAUAACAAGCUCAUUCCUUUAGAAUUAGCACUCUGAUAUAUUUUACUUGCAUCCCGCCAUUGUCCUAUAUAUUCACUAUGGGGUCAAUUCGAAUGAUCUCAACAGUGCAGGAUCCUAGACCUCUUGAAGUUAUUUUCCAUGCUGGUGAUUUGCCCCAGGGUUUAUUUAUUGACCUGCUUGUGAAUGUUACUGCAUACAAUAACAGUACAUAUUUUAGAAUAGCGGUUUUGAAUCCUCCACUUCUUAGAUCAUUGUAAAUAGACUCCUAUAGGUCAGAUUCAGCUUUUGAUUUCUAAUGUUCCCCUAGUUCGGGGUUUCUCAAUCCUGGUCCUGGGGGACCCCCUGUGGCUGCUGGUUUUCAUUCCAACCGAGCUCUCAAUGAAUUAAUCAAACCCUCAAUUGAACUGUUCAUCUGCUUAAUUAGACCUUUUUUUUUAAAUCAACUUUUAAAGAAUCGAAGAUUUCAGUUUUUAGGAGCUGAGAACAAUUAAAAAGGUCUAAUUAAGCACACGCUUAGUUCAGUUAAGGGUUUGAUUAAUUCAUUGAGAACUCAUUUGGAAUGAAAAACCAGCAGACACAGGGGGUCCCCAGGACCAGGAAUGGGAAACCCUGCCCUAGUUUACUUAACAUAUUAAUCACAGCCAUCUAUUUGAAUGGAAAGUGGGAUUUUCAUUUGAAAUCAUCACAGGUGUGCUUUGUAACAAGUAUAGCUGAGUAAUGAAUAUGACAAUUAUUCUGAGUAAAACACAAGUAUGAAGCUUAUUACUUGUACAUGUUUCCUUUGGGGGGGGGGGGUGUCAAGUUUUAGCUAUGCCAGCUUUCAGUACUAAAACCUCUUGGGGGUGUGGAGAAGAACUAUAUAUAUAUUCAUUACAAUUCAAUGAAUUUCAAAUGAUACUGAAGAAGGCAGGAAAGUACAAUGAGUUUCAGUGUGAUAUAUUAUAUCUUAUUAUAUCUUAUUUUACUUUUUACUUUCUUUACUGUGUUUUACUGAGUUGUAAAAGCCAGCAGCAAUCUUAUCAAUGCCCAUAACAGAUGAUU